GAACAAUUMUUAUCAAUGUUGGUCAGUUUAUUUGCAUGCUUGGUUGUGUAGUAGCGUUCGGAGCCCCUCCCUCGAUAUCUGCCACGUGGUUUSCACCUGAAGAACGUMACACAGCUACAGCGCUUGGCACACUUGUCGCAUACUUUGGAAUUGCAGUAACAUUUCUUUUAGGCCCAGCAAUGGUGCCUGUUGUUAUAUUAAGUCACGAGAACACUACAUUAACCUACGCCAAAUUGUUAAGUGACAACAUUACAUCAAAUGAAAUAAUGCUUGACUCGUCAUUUCCCAACAAUAUAAGUGACACCUGGACUAGUGAAUUGCGUGRUAAUGUCACCCAAUAUGACAUCCUCAAAAUACGUGAAAACGUUACUACCUAUAUGGYGGUUGAGYUCUGGAUUAGUGCAAUUUUAUUAAUAUGUACUUUGGUCUAUUUCCCUGACAAGCCGCCUUCACCGCCAUCGGCAUCAAGUAGUAUCUCUCAUUACACUUACAUGGAAGGACUGAAGAAACUUUUCCAGGAAAAAUCGUACCUUUACUUGGCAUUCCUGUUUUCAUUGAGCUAUGGUGUUUAUUUUGGCUGGUUGGUUGUGCUUGCUUUGGCUGUAAAGCCUUUUGGUGUCAGCGAAUAUCUGGCUGGUUGGCUUGGAUGUUCUGCUACUAUCGCUGGCUGCUUGUCUGGUAUCUUUUUGGCAAGGUUUACAGAUUAUCUUAAGCGUCAAACCAGAGCGGUUCUCAUCACCAUGUUCUUUGGUUGUGCCGUCUCACAGCUGUUUUUCAGUCUCACUUGCUCAGAUAUCAUACCAUACUCCAAGGUUCUCCUUUUUUCUUCAAUUGUACUAGGAGGUUUCUUCUUUAACGGGACAACGCCGCUGUUAUUUGARAUGUUAGUAGAGACAGUCUAUCCUGUCGCAGAGUCGCUUUCUACUGUAAUGCCUUUGACUGGCGGAUUUGUCGUGUAUUUCAUAUUUAUUGUGGUAUUUAUGUUUCCAGGUACUUAUGUUACAUGGAUGAACUGGGCGACUGUUGUUUGUACUGCAGCAUGUGUUCCUGGUUUAUUCUUCUUCAAGAAUAAGUUUACUCGAAUUUCACUUGACGAGCGUUAGGUUAUGAUAAAUUACGUCGUGUCAAAUUAAAAUUUGGUACUUUGCUCUUGAAGAAGGUACUUUGCUUUUCUUCCUUUACACAAAGCAAGGGAAACAUUGAAAAACAGAUCAGGAGUUGGUCCAGGAUUUUAUUCAUUGGAGCAGUGGAGCACUUAAUGGCAACCAGGAGGGGUGACAACUCUCCCAAACGAUCAAAUAUAGAAGACAAAAAUUAGAGUGUAAUUAAAAAAAACAUUUCAGGAGAGAAUGCUAACAGCUACCCAACAGCUGAAUUCUCCUGAAAACAAAAUUAUCAAUACAGCUUUUAUUGCUCACUUUGACUUUUUUGUUACGCAGUCCAACAAUUUUGCAAUCGUGCGUGUUUGAUAUCAGACCAAUUUGAAAUGUAUUGACUUGAAAUAGCAAAUAUUGAUGUAGCUCGAAUAGCUGCUCGGUAUUUUAUCGAAUUCAAAGUCACUGAUUUUCACAUACUCCUAAUAUGAUCUGCAUCAACGUGACGUACAGUACAUAUUAAAGCGAAUUUCUUAACACGUAUCAUUAUAACCUGGAGAGGUGAUGAUGGGUAAUUACCAGASAGUGAACUAAUCCCUUAUAUCGCGCUGUGCUUGCCCUCGUGCCCCAGUUGCGAUUCUUUGUCCUGCAUGCGAGUUCUACUCUGAUUUGCCCACCCACCUCUCCCAGGUGUUCGUUCUUAGAUUUAUUUCUUUGUACGUUUAAUAUCGUUUUAGCUUUCAAUAAAUCUUUUGCCCAAAA